AUGAGUGGGAAAUAUAAAGUGGUUAUGUUCGAUUUCUAUGGAGUUUUGUACUCGUCAUUUUCGCUCACGAUGAGUAAGGUGGAGUUAGAUCAUGGUCUUCCAAAGAAUUUUAUUCUCGGAUUAUUCAUGCGUGAUAGCCCUGAAAAGCCGUCAUCUAGAUUAGUCAACGGUCAAAUUACUUUUACUGAAUUCCUUCCCUUAUUUGAGAAACAACUUACUGAAGCAUCCAUCGCUCAAGGUGUCCAACUUCCAGAAAGUUUUCAUAUUAAUGACUUUUUUGCCGAUUGCAUUGGUUACUUGAGGCCAAAUCAACUUGUAUUAGACUCAAUCUCUAAUUUACAAGAAGCUGGCUAUAAAGUAUGCUUUCUAGGCAAUAUUGGUUUGAUCGACGGACCAACUGGAAAUAAAUUUACUCGUAUGAAAAUGUAUUUGCGCUUUACAUGUGAUUACUAUUUCGAGAGUUGUCAAGUUGUUGAAUCGAUGGAACCAUAUUGCAAACUUGCAACUAGCCUUGGUAUCACAGAAAUUGUAGCUGUAGACCAACCUACAGUCUUGAAAAAAUUGAGCGAGUUAACUGGUAUUAACUUUAGCAAGUUAUCCAGGCCGGUUGCCUGCAACCCAGACAGUGUAACGCACUGUUAUUUCACUACAACUACUGGCGUUAAGAUUCAUUUUGUUGAGAAAGGCAAUGGCCCUGCGAUUAUUUUAUGCCAUGGCUUUCCAGAAUCUUGGUAUUCAUGGAGAUAUCAGAUUCCAUUUCUUGCAAGGCUUGGAUACCGCGUUAUUGCCUUAGAUCAACGCGGGUAUGGAGAAUCUGAUCAGCCGCCAAAUGUUGAAGAUUAUACUAUGAGAAUUAUUAACCAGGAUGUUAUCGAUUUAAUGGAUACCUUGAAUAUUCCACAAGCUGUCCUCAUUGGCCAUGAUUGGGGUAGUUUUGUGGUAUGGGAUACAGCACUGCAUUUUCCUGAUCGUAUCAAAGCUGUUGCAAGCUUGAACGUUGGAUACUUCCCACCUCAUCCACAGUAUAAUUUUAUACAAUUACUGCAACCAGAUCCAAAACAAUAUGACUACUUCCUAUAUUUACAAGAUGAGGGAGUUGCUGAAACGGAAAUGGAAAAGGAUGUUGAUCGUACACUUCGCUAUUUGUACUCAGAUACAACACCAAAGAAUACAACAGGUAUCAAAUUGGAGACUUCUAAUGUCAGGAAAAGAGGUGGAUUACUGGCUGGCUUACCGGAGAAAUUGCCCAAGUGUCCUUUCAUGAGUGAUAAAGAAUUUAAUUACUAUGUGGGGAAAUUCAAAAAGCAUGGUUUCCAGUAA